AUGGGGAUCAUAGCCCUCACAUACAAUUUUGUAAAUGCAUCAUCUUCAAAGGCGUCCAUGAAAAAAGGGGGUUGGCAUUGUCCCCCUAGGGGUUUCGUGAAACUCAAUGUUGACGCCUCUUUUGACCAUGACAUGCUGAAGGGUACGAUGGGGGCGGUUUUGCGAGACGACAAAGGUAGGUUUAUUGCAGGAAGAAAUGAAAAGAUUGACCAUUGUGCGGAUGUUCUGAUGGCAGAAGCUUUAGCCCUCAAAUUUGGACUAACACUAGCGCAAAGGGCAGGGUGCAAUCGCCUAAUCAUCAACUCAGAUAAUCUGGAGGUGAUUGAGACCAUGCAGGAUGGAGGACAGUCAACGGGUGCGGCAGCGGCAAUUUUCGAUGACUGCUUCCACUACGCAUGUGAUUUUAUCGUGACUAGAUUCGAACAUUGUAAUAGAGAGGCAAAUAGAGUAGCACAUGAACUUGCUAAGUUAGCUAGAUUUUCUUCAACUUCAGAUUGGUUCGAGGAGCCUAUCAAUGAAAUUGUACUCUUCCUCACAAACGAUGUAUUGAUUAUUUCUAAUGAAUAA